GGCUGGCUCGGCACUGGCUCCUUGCAGUCGGCGAACUGUCAGGGCGGGAGGAGCCGUGAGCCCGAGCUGCACGCAGCGGCCCGCGCGGCAAAGCAGAAAGCAAGCUGAACAGAGUGCGCAGAGUGGCAGUGACAGCGGCGACACAGGCAGCCCAGGCAGCCCAACCAACCGGGGCGGCCCGAACAGCUUCAGAGGCAGCCUCCACUACACCAGCUGCUCCGCGGACUGCGAGCUGUGGCGGAAGAGCCCGCUACAGCAAUCGCAGUCUCCGUGGAGCUAGCAGAAGCCUUUUCUCUUUUUCACUUACCACCUCAUUCUACUCUAGAGGCUUCGAUCACUGAUUUGUGGUUUCUUGAAAUCCAACUCGAAGUGUUUGACCUACUACAGGAAAACCCUUUUGUGAGUAAGAAGCAUUCCACAGAUCACAUGCCAGAGAGGUCUUGCCUCAGCUGCUCUCAACUUUAUAGUCUUGUGAAGAAGCUGACAAGCUUGGCUGAUUGCAGAGCACUAUGAGGACUGUACGAAAGUGGGUUUUAAUUCAGAUAUUUCAAGUUUUCUGUGCGUUGAUACAGAGAACCGUCACAAUCGUGCCUGGUAUGGACUUGUUGUCCGGGACGUAUAUAUUUGCGGUCCUGUUAGCAUGCGUCGUGUUUCAGUCUGGCGCCCAGGAGAAGAACUACACCGUCCGAGAAGAAAUGCCAGAAAACGUCCUGAUAGGCGACUUGCUGAAAGACCUCAACUUGUCGCUAAUACCAGACAAGUCCUUAACAUCUCCUAUGCAGUUCAAGUUAGUGUACAAGACUGGGGAUGUGCCACUGAUUCGAAUCGAAGAGGGUACUGGUGAGAUCUUCACUACUGGAGCUCGCAUUGAUCGUGAGAAAUUAUGUGCCGGUAUCUUGGUGGAGGCUCGAUGCUUUUAUGAAGUGGAGGUUGCCGUUUUGCCGGAUGAAAUAUUUAGACUGGUUAAGAUACGUUUUCUGAUAGAAGACAUAAAUGAUAAUGCACCAUUAUUCCCAGCAACGGUUAUCAACAUAUCAAUUCCAGAGAACUCGGCUAUAAACUCUCGAUAUGCUCUCCCAGCGGCCAUUGAUCCUGACAUAGGAAUAAACGGAGUUCAAAACUACCAACUAAUUAAGGGUCAAAGUAUUUUUGGGCUCGAUGUCAUUGAAACCCCAGAAGGAGACAAGAUGCCACAACUGAUUGUUCAAAAAGAAUUAGAUAGAGAAGAGAAGGAUACAUAUGUAAUGAAAGUAAAGGUUGAAGAUGGUGGUUUUCCUCAAAGAUCCAGUACCGCUAUUCUGCAAGUAAGUGUUGCUGAUACAAAUGACAACCGCCCAGUCUUCAAGGAGAAUGAAAUUGAAGUCAGUAUACCAGAAAAUGCUCCUGUAGGUACUUCAGUGACACAGCUCCACGCCACAGAUGCUGACAUAGGUGAAAAUGCCAAGAUUCAGUUCUAUUUCAGCAAUCUAGUGUCCAACAUCGCCAAGAGGCUAUUUCACCUCAACACCACCACUGGACUUAUCACAAUCAAAGAACCCCUGGAUAGGGAGGAAUCACCAAACCACAAGUUACUGGUUUUAGCAAGUGAUGGUGGAUUGAUGCCAGCGAGAGCAAUGGUGCUAGUAAAUGUUACAGAUAUCAAUGAUAACGUUCCAUCAAUUGACAUAAGAUACAUCAUCAAUCCAAUCAAUGGCACCGUGGUUCUUUCAGAAAAUGCUCCACUCAACACCAAAAUUGCUCUCAUAACUGUGACAGAUAAGGAUGCUGACCAUAACGGUAGAGUGACAUGCUUUACAGAUCAUGAAGUCCCUUUCAGAUUAAGGCCAGUAUUUAGUAAUCAGUUCCUCCUAGAGACUGCUGCAUAUCUUGACUAUGAGUCCACAAGAGAAUAUGCCAUUAAAUUACUGGCUGCAGAUGCUGGCAAACCUCCUUUGAAUCAAUCAUCCAUGCUCCUCGUCAAAGUAAAGGAUGAAAAUGACAAUGCUCCAGUUUUCACCCAGCCUUUCAUAAGUCUUUCUGUUCCUGAGAAUAACUCUCCUGGCACCCAGCUGACAAAAAUAAGUGCAACGGAUGCAGACAGUGGGCGUAAUGCUGAGAUCAGUUACCUGCUAGGCAUUGAUGCUCCAUCUGAAUUUAAUCUGGAUCGUCGUACAGGCAUUCUGACUGCAGUGAAGAAACUGGAUAGAGAAAAACAGGAAAAAUAUUCCUUCACAGUUCUGGCAAAAGAUAAUGGGAUUCCACCCUUAACGACCAAUGCCACAGUCUUAGUGACUGUUCUUGAUCAGAAUGACAACAGUCCAAUUUUCACUCACAAUGAGUACAACUUCUAUGUCCCAGAAAACCUUCCAAGACAUGGCACAGUAGGACUAAUCACUGUAACUGAUCCUGAUUAUGGAGAAAAUUCUGCAGUUACUCUCUCCAUUUUAGAUGUGAAUGAUGACUUCACCAUUGAUCCACAGACUGGUGUCAUCCAACCAAAUAUUUCAUUUGAUAGAGAAAAACAAGAAUCUUAUACUUUCUAUGUAAAGGCUGAGGAUGGUGGUAGGGUAUCACGCUCUUCAACUGCCAAAGUGACCAUAAAUGUGGUUGAUGUCAAUGACAACAAACCGGUUUUUGUUGUUCCUUCUUCCAACUACUCCUAUGAAUUAGUUCUACCAUCCACUAAUCCAGGCACAGUGGUCUUCACGGUGGUUGCUGUUGACAACGACACUGGAAUGAAUGCAGAACUCCGUUACAGCAUUGUAGGAGGAAACACAAAAGGUCUGUUUAUAAUCGACCAAACAACAGGCAACAUUACACUGAAGGAGAAAUGUGUUGUUUCAGACCUUGGUUUACACAGACUGGUAGUCAAAGCUAAGGACUUAGGCCAACCCGAUUCUCUCUUCAGUGCUGUGAUUGUUAAUCUAUUCGUGAAUGAGUCAGUGACCAAUGCUACCCUGAUACAUGAACUGGUACGCAAAAACAUUGAAACACCAGUAACCCAAAAUAUUGAGACAGCUGAUGCAUCCUCACCAACCAGUGACUAUGUCAAGAUCAUGGUUGCCAUUGUUGCUGGCACUAUAACUGUCAUUCUUGUUAUUUUCAUCACUGCUGUAGUAAGAUGCCGCCAAUCACCACACCUUAAGGCUGCUCAGAAAAACAAACAGAAUUCUGAAUGGGUUACUCCAAACCCAGAAAACAGGCAGAUGAUAAUGAUGAAGAAAAAGAAGAAGAAGAAGAAGAAGCAUGCCCCUAAGAACUUGCUGCUUAACUUUGUCACUAUUGAAGAAACUAAGGCAGAUGAUGCUGACAACGAUGGAAACAGUGUCACACUAGACCUUCCCAUUGAGCUGGAAGAGCAAACCAUGGGCAAGUACAACUGGGGCACUACACCUACUACUUUCAAGCCUGACAGCCCUGAUUUGGCCCGGCACUACAAAUCUGCCUCCCCACAGCCUGCCUUUCAGAUCCAGCCGGAAACUCCUCUGAAUUCGAAGCACCACAUCAUCCAGGAACUGCCUCUUGAUAACACCUUCGUGGCCUGUGAUUCCAUCUCCAAGUGCUCCUCCAGCAGUUCUGAUCCCUACAGUGUUUCUGAGUGCAGCUAUCCAGUGACAACUUUCAAGACCCCUGUGUCUGUACACACCAGACCGACUGAUUCCAGGACAUCAACUAUUGAAAUCUGCAGUGAGAUAUAACUUUCUAGGAACAACAUAAUUCCAUUCCCCUUCCAAAAAAUUCCAAUGAUUUGCGAAUUUCAAAAUUUGGCCAAGAUCAUUAAUUUCCUAAUCUGGAUUUCUCAUUAUAAAGGCAAGAAAAACAAAAACCACCUUAAAAAUAAUGUCCCACUGAACCUUAUGCUUACUUUAGCUGCAAUCUUCCAAUCAAAAUUUAAAAUUUGUGGAAGAAACAGUUCAGUGUAAUAACAGAGUUGAAUCAUGCUGUUUCUCCAUUUGCUUGCUCUGAAUGUCAACAAUUGUGAUGUAAUAUAAUGCUGUCUUGGUGUACAAACUGAUGGUUAAUAUGUCAAUAAUGAAACAUGGAACUACUUGCCAUGUCUGAUUUCUGAAGAGGUUAAACAUCAUCUCCGGGAGUUUGGAAGUGAAGCUGAGCUAUCCAAGCUACCCUCUGAAAGGUAUCCAAGGCAAGAGAUUUUUUUAUGACCAAAAACGCAACAACAUUUAAAUUCAUUUUUUUGAAAAUAUUCACUAAUAUGGUGUUGCUGAGAAAAUAAUUAUAAUUACCCAUCACUCUUCUUAAAAGUUGAAUGAUAUAAAAUAAUCUUAUUGGGUUUUUGUGUUGAUCGUAAUCAUGUUGUUCCACUACGUUAGUCAUUAAAAAUUAUUUUUGUUGUAAUCAUGUUUCCUUUUUCUAUAAAUACUGAAAAAGAAAGAAGUUCUUUCCGUUUUUAUGUAUCAAAAGGAGAAUGUAAAGUUCAUUAUACUCCCUGAUGUUUUGAAAAAAAAUAGUAAUGAUAUUUCUUGGAUAAUGAAACAUAAUUACAGUCAUAUGAGAGUAGAAACAAAGGUUUAAAUAGGAUAUUUUAAAAUAUUUUAUCUUAAUUUUGAAAACACCUAUGAAAAUAUAAGGUCCUAGAGUCACAUCUAAAUAGAUAUAUUUUAUUUCUCUGGCAUUAAAUUACUGAACAUAUUUCAUUGCUUUGAGUAAUUUGCCCUUUAACAUUAACUCAUUUUUCACAAUAUGUUAAUUAAUUCAUUUCAUACACAAACGACUAAAUGCCUCAAAUUAGGUGUACAUUAAAUUUGUUGAGGAAAGAAUGAUGUAUCCCAAUCUUAUGCCAUAUUCUUUAAGCUGCUUUUGACUUAUUAACACUACUAACAGAAUUUUUGAAAGAAACGUGAUUUCUUGAGACAAAAAGGGAGUAUAAAGGACCCUAAUAAUCAUGACAUAACAUAUGUUUCUUGGAUUUUCAUUCAAAUGCUUCAUUGUGUAUCAUAUUACCUCGCAAAGUGUUAAUAGGAUUUGGCCUAUUAUGUAUGUAUAUUAAAUUAGUGUAUUAUUUGAAGUGUUCUUUGAUGUAAAGGUAUUUAGAAGAGGUUUAUGCUCCAUUUAGCAUUUCAAAUUAGUGUAAUUAUUGGAUAUUUGGUAUGUAAGUAAUAUUUUAAACAGGUUUCUGUUAAAAUUUAGUGUUCCCAUUUACUCAAUACAGAAUCCCUUGUAUCUCCAGUGAUGUCAAGUUCCUUGAACAUACUUUCUAUUUGGCUUUUUAACAUUACUUAGUUAAUUAUAAUGACUGUGAGUGUAGCUAUUUUACUGGUAAUAAUAAAUGUCGUGUAAGCUACAAUAUUAUAUUGCAUACUUAUAAACAACUAUUGUAGAAAAAUACUUAAAAUUAAAUUUUACCUUUGUGAAAGUUACUCACAUAGAAUAACUUUAUAAUUUUCUCCUAUUUCUUCUUGAUAAAUUAGUGUAAUUCAAAUAAAUUAAGAUCAAAAUUGAGCCAACGUAUAAUACCCCUAGAGUCAGUGCUCUGCAGGUACCAAGACAUACUAAGAGUAGGAGUUUCCAAAAUCCAUAGUCUCAGUUUGGUUGGGAACAAAAUGAUGCCCGAGAAAAUGAAUCAACAUUUCAAGUGUCCCAUAAUAAACUACUGUGACCUCCUGACCAUUUGUACACGCAAUUAUUAUAUAAAUGCAUUUUAAGUGGUGCAUGACGACCACCCUGAUCUCUCCUUUUCUCCAUACUCUAUGAGCUAAGGGAGAAUACCUCAUUUUUCUUCCUAUUCAGUGACCCUUCCCUUUAUGACUGUAAUAAGAAAAACUCCUAAUCACUCCUUUGUAUACAUAAAGAUGAAAAUGUCUUGAAAUAGUUAUCCAGAAUCUCUAAAUAAAGCAUUCCUCAAUAGUUCUAUGAGUGUCAUCUUUGCAAAGAUGAAACCAAAAACUAUUUUUAAAGCUGUAAGUGACUCCAUCCCUCAGAAUACAACUUCUGUAGGAAAGGAACUUCUCAACUGAUUUCUUCCCUGCUCUUUAAGGCUAAAAUACUUACCUAUUUAGAAUAAUGAUGAGUGAAAUUUAACCAUAUUUAAAAGUCUGCCAUAGAUGAAAAUGGAUCCUACUUUUGUUAAUUAACUAGGCUUGAUCUGUCCUUUAUUUAUGUUUGAGGAAAUAUUACCAUUUGAGAAGAGUAUGGACAGCAUUGAAACCAGUUUUCCACAAAAGCCAGAGAGAACGAAAAUAUGUAUUUUCCUACCCGGUUCCUUCUUAUCAGUUGAUUUGGUGGCACUUUUAAUUUAAUUACGAUUAUUAUUACAUUUUGGCUUACAAAGUCUCAGAUAUCUUCCCAUCUCUUGUGUUGGCAUUAUUGGACUCCUGGAAUAUUCCCAAUGAAAUGUCCUUCACGGUCUCUCUAGCUCUUAUUCUAGUCAGUGAAUAAAGACAGAAGGAAAACAUAUCUUAAGACUAGUCGUCACAGACAAAGAAAAGGAACUUUUAGUGCACUUAGUCUAUUGAAUCAUAAGUAGACUAUCUAAUUGGUAAACUACAAUGUACCGUAUGCUUUCACCAUUGCAAUCACUCAAAGAAGUAAUUUCUUUUGAUUAAAAUGCAAAGUGCAUAAAUUGAAAAAAAGUUGGUGAAAUACAUUCCCUCAUUUUACUUUAAAUAUGGAAGUUUAUUUUUACAAAUAGGAUCAUUCAAGCCGUUACGUUUCUCAAACUAUUUUUAUUUUCAAUAAUUUAAAUUUAAAAAUUUAUAAGGCAAUUUUAAUUCUAGCCAUCAGUUAAUCUUUUAUGUCUGCAUCUUCUGAUUUUUUUGUUGACUACCCUGUCCACAUUAUCAAUGAGAAUACAUGUACUUCAGAAUAAUUUUUAAAAGUUGAAUUUAGAUUCAAUCAAUUAACCGUUAUUUUGUACAGUAUUUACUAAUCUUUUAAUUUCAACACAAAAUAAUACUGCCUCAUUUUAUUAUUUUGUUGCCUGUACUCGUCACUGUCCAAUUAGAUUUUGUAACUGUGUGUCUAGUCAGGUGUGAUACGAAGCCUGAUCUUAACAGAAAUGAUACAGGACAAGCAAAUCUUAAAAAAUCUUUUGUGAACUUAAAACACACUCUGUAAAUGCUUCCUAUAGGUGCUCUUGUGUAAUAGACAUGUUUUCCUAGAUUUUGUGAAGCUUAGUUUUUGUCUCUUUUAAAUAUUAUUCAUAUUUAGGUUUCUAGCAUAUUCAAAGGUGCUGUGAUGAUAUAAAGCUGUAUGUGUUGUAUAUAAUUACCAUUUUUAAAAAGAACUAUUGUGCAUUUUAUUUUUUCAUGCAUUAUAGGUAUCCAUACAUGACAUCCAUGGUUUUAUGCGGUAUUUAGAAUUAGGAGUAGAUUUUUUUUAAAUUCUAGGGUAGCCAUAGGCUUUUAUUUUUACUGCACAUGCAAUACACAUUCAUUGUCGAAAAAUUUAGGAAAUUAUAGAUAGAUUUUAGAUGAAGGAUUUUAAAAUUAUUUGUUUUUAUUUCAAGCUAUAUCAGCAAGUUUUUCUUUAUAACUUAGUAAUUGUGUUUAAAGGCUCUGUAACCUUUGCAAGUGGUGCACUUUAAAAUUACAGAAUUAUUCUGUUCUUUUUAUAUUAUAAACUUUACAUGCAGGAUUUUUUACACAUAGUGGUAAUUGACUUUAUUAUGCAUAUUGUUUAUUUUUAUAGAUGUUGGUUGGAAAAAUUCAUGUAAUAGUAUAGCUUGAUUAGUUGAUAGUGUAAUACACAGGCAUACUAUGUAUCUCCACCAUGAGACUAACCCCUUUUCAGUAAAAAGAUCAAAUUUUGGUGAAAAAACUUUUUUAGUUAAAAGGAACGCCUUCUUAAUAUCUGUUCCUGUAGAAUGAAAAAGCAAGUUUAUUUCCAAGAAUUCUCAUAACCAACUCUUACCUUUUUCAUAUUCUAGAUAUUCUCAAUUAAAAUUGGUUUAGCUGUCCUUUUUAAGUGGUUAAUUACAUUUAAUUAUCCACACAUACAAAAGUAAUUGUCAAGUGAAACAAUCACAAUUCAUUAGGUUUCAGAUAGUCAAAUUGGCGUAAUAAUGAAAAUGAAGUAUUUCAGUGGAUAUUCUAGAAAUAUUUGCACUUUUUCCCUUGUCCUGGAGCCUUAUAUUUAUUAAUUAUUCAUUGAUUUACUUCAUAAAAUGUUAUUCUCUUUAAAAUGCCGUUGACUUUUAAAAGCAUUUUUAUUUUUUUUGUCUUACUACGUGGCAAAAACAUUAGAUAACAAAAUAAUGUUUUCAUUAGAUACUUAGAAAAAGUUUACACAAUACUACUUUUAAUCUAUUUGGUGGUAAUUAGAAGUAAAUGAAUAUACAACUCUGCUGAAAAAUAUUAUUUUCAGAAAUCCAUAAAAUAAACUUUAAAAUAUUUACUUGUUUUAUUACUUAUCAGUUCUAACCUCAAUUUCAAAAUCAAUGCAGAUCAACAUUUCAAUGAACCUUUAUAACUAAAGAGAAUUGAUCAUAAACAUUAUCACUUUAUGCAAAAAUAUUCCCAGUAAUUCAAUACAAUUCAAAUAGUUGUUCAGUGUCACAACCUUGAAGUAAUUAAAAUUUUUGAAAAAAUUUACCAGUUCUUUUAGUAUGUAAACACAAGCCUAGUCUCAUAUUCAAGGUGGGAAAAUCACACACACACACAAAAUGGAAUUGCAUGGACUCUGGAAAACUAAUUUAUGAGCUCCUAAAUUAGACAUUAUAUUUCAUUAUUAAUUUUAUUCCUUUGAUCGCAUCACUCAGAACUGUGUAUUGGGUGCCUUUUUUUGCAGAAAAUUGUAUACCUUUAUUUAUGAUGUUCAGAGUGAAUAAUUACAUUUUUUCACACAGAUACAGUUAUUCAAGAGAAGGUGCUGAGUUCACUUCCAGAUAGGUGUCAUGGCUUUGUCUACAUGAUUCCAAAACUUCUGGAGGCAAAAUACAAUCUUUCACUAAACAUGGGGAUAUUUUGUCUACCUGACAAAAUUGUUUGACUCUGUAAAGACACAGACUUUAUCUAAUACUACAGAAUAAUAUCAGAACCGUUUCAUUUUAGAUAGGAAAAAAGAGCUUGACGUCUUAUAUAAAGUUAUCUUAUCUUUAACUGAAUCUAAGGUAAUUGAUAACAUUUAGCAACAAAAUUCAAGACGGUGCUACAAUUCAACUUUACAUAUAUAAAUUUUCGUUGUUUAUAAGGCUAUACAAGUAUUUAUUUCAAAAUGCACACAAAUUAUAGAAAUGAUAGGGAACAUGCAACUAAGUAUUUUCAGGUAUGAGAAUUGACAGAUAAACAUACCAAACUCUAGAAAUUAAUAUACCUAAUCAUGUCUAGAGAAAAAUUCAUUUGAAUUUGGUGUUGAAGUAGUUGUAAUAUAGUGGGAUUAAAAUGGGCUAUCGUGUGUAUGAGCAUAUAUAUGUUUGCAUAUAGUAGGUGUAUAUAUUUAUGUUUGUCAAAUUUCUAGCAGAGAAAAGUGAUAUAAACGUCAAGCUAAAGACAACUUGUUCAAAGAUUAUAUAUCUACAUUUAUGAUGUCAUUCCCUCUCUUUUUAAACUCUUGUGCCUCACUUCUGAACUACAAUCAUCCUGUAUCCCUUAUAUCUUCCUAUACAUCACCUUUCAUUUAAUAAAGCUCUUGUCAUAUUUAGUGCAUCGCAAGCACGUACUCACGUCUUUUUUACUUUUAAUCAAAUUGUUUUGCUUCUAAUGUAACUGCAGUAUUUCUCUUCAUAGAGUUUCCCUGUUUUCUGAAUCAUCACAGAUCAAGUAACAUUAAAUUAUACAUUAAAAAGUUAAAUUGCUUUUUCCUAAGUACCAGUGCAGAUUCUACUUCUUCUGCACAAAAAGAGCUAACAUAAAUUUGCCUUCAGUAAUAGUCAACUUCUGCUCAGUUGGUAUAACUAAAACCUAUACAAAAAACUCCAUUACAAUAAUCCUCUCUAUUUUGCAUUAAUACCUUAUUUAAUUUUAAUACUUAGGAAACCAAAAACGAGAUAGGCAGUUCUCUGUUAGUGCUCUGUACAGUGUCAGAUUUUCAAUUUCUUAUGUCUCCAACUUUGUGGGUUUAUGUUUCCAUCAAAAGGCUAAGAUAUGGAUUUACUAUAAUCAUAUACAUGCAUACAUAUCUACCUAUCUAUGGAUAUACACACAUACAUUUUUAUAAACAGAUCAGUGUGAACUAUGGAUUGACGUAAAUCAUGAAAAUAUUUAUGAGAAUAAGUUCAGUUUUCAGAUUGGGCAAUGUGUACAUUUUAUUAUCAUUUCUGUUUUUGAGUGGAGCUAGUACUAAGAACAGUGAUUGAAGAAAAGCUGUGUAACAUUAAAAUUUUGAAGAUUUAAAAUAUAAGAGCAUUCACAGCAGUCACUUGUAAAAUUUUGGUUUUGCUUUGUUAUUUGCAGCUGUAAUUUAAAAAAAAUAAACAGGUUUUUGUGUGAAUAUAGUAGAGUGAAUAUUAUAGAGUAUCUUUCAACUGGAAUACAUGUAGAUACUAACACUGGCUGUAUUUGAUGUAAUUUCAGUGCAUAAAGUGUGUGUAAUCUGUAUGAAGUGAAAUACCUAUAAAUAAAGUUGUUUCUGCAUUGCAAUAA